AUUCCAUUCAAUAAAUGCAGCCCCUAAUCACUACACCAGACCAUUGCUCACCAAUAAUGCUAUGGAGUACCGGCCAUUUUUCUACCUCUGAAAGAGAAGUCAGAUCUAAAGUUCUAAUGCCCCGAAAAUGCUUCGAUUUCAACAGGAUACACAAUUUACCAAUUGCGGAGGCAAGAUUUUGUUUUGAGACAAAAGUCUGGAUGCUCUAUUUGGAAACUGUAACAAAAAAUGGAAGGUCCAAAAACGAGACAAGUGCAACAAUAUCUACUCUUGGUAUGGGAGGUAUAGGAAAUUUAAUUCUCGUGACGUCCAAGAAAUUAGUGAGAUUUUACGACAGAGGUGAUAGCACUACGAGAUGAGAUUGUAGUGCUGCGAUGAGAUAUAUGAGACCUUCAUACUGAGGUUGUAGCACUUCGAGGCAAUGUAGCAGGUUUUCGAGGUUCUGACAAUAGACAUGACAGAGGGAGUGUCGAGGAGACUGGUAUUCCUCGAGACUAGUGGGCAACAGUAACAGGAAUCGAUGAGUUUUUUGAUUCGGUGCCGGAGGCCGAGAGGGAAGGGGUGGAGGUCGAGCCAGAGGAGGCCGGGAUGGCCAGGGUGGAGGUGUCGGAAGAGGAUGAGAUAGAGAGGGUGGAAGGAGGGACAAGGGUGCCGGAGGGAGGGACCGAGGAGGCAGCAGAGAGGACACUAGAGGUGGUAAUAGAGGGGGAUGAGGGGGUUGCGGAGGAGAAGAGGAAUCCAGAGAUGACGGAUGACGAUGUAGUAUUCGUGUCGGAGGGGGCGAUGGAGGUGCCGAAAGGUAAGAGGCGUGCUAAUGAUGCGCCAGCACUGAUGGUCGGUAAGAGAUCGGGAUUGCCGUCACAGUACAUCGUUUCCCCAUACACGGUCGAGGCGAAGAGAAGGGGGUUUGUGGAUGGGACGUUCCCCAAUCUUUUUCGCGACGUCGACCCGGUCAGACAGAAGGCGUUCGAUUAUUGGUUCAAAUCUCUUAAAUUCGAAUGAUCACGGUCGAAUACAUUGACUUUACCUCUGGAGAAUGGACGAUUUCAGAAGAUAGCAAAUAUUGCAUGUUUGUCGAAGAAAUCCACACGUGGAUGACAUCCACAUUUUUCGGGUUUUAACUACUUUGUAGGAGUCCGCUACCACAUCGACUACUUUGAAGCCACCACUAUGAUAUACUUAUUUUCGAAUUGUUUUCCUGGAGAAAUAAUGUGUCCGAGUGGCCUUUGAUGUAUAAAUUUUGGUACAAAUCGGUUAGUUAUCUUAAUAAGAUAUGGUGCUUAGGGCGACUUUUGCAUAGUGCCACUUUUGGUAGGAGAACUUUUGUAAUGCAACUUUUGUAUAUCUACUAGUCUCUAAUAUACUCUUUGCAAUGUAACCAAGUAUAUAAGAAAAUUUUUAAUUAUCUUAUAUGUGCUUGCCUA